GCAGCAGCACUUGCCCACACCCCUGUCCUUCAGCCAUGCCUGCACUCACUCUGUGCCUCCUGUGGGCUCUGGCAGCAGUGGCCCAGCCUGCCCCAGUGGCCCCCAUGGGUGGCCUGGAGCCGGCACAGCAUGAGGAACUGACCCUGCUCUUCCACGGGGCCCUGCAGCUGGGCCAGGCCCUCAAUGGCGUGUACAAGUCCACGGAGGCCCGACUGACCGAGGCCGGGCAGAGCCUGGGCCUCUAUGGCCAAGCACUGGGGCUCUUGGGGCUACAAGUCAGCCAGGGCCGGGACGCAGCUCAGGAACUUCGCACAAGCUUGCUGGAGAUACAGCUAGAGGAGGAUGAUCUGCAGCUGCAGGCAGAGGCCACAGCCCAGGUGCUAUCGGAGGUGGCCCAGGCCCAGCGGGUACUACGGGACAGCGUGCAACGACUGGAAGCCCAGCUGCAGGGUGCCUGGCUAGGCCAUGCCCGCCAAGAAUUUGAGGCCUUAAAGGCUCACGCUGACAAGCAGAGCUACUUCCUAUGGGCUCUCACGGGCCAUGUGCAGCGACAGAGGCAGGAGAUGGCAGCUCAGCAACAGUGGCUGCGGCGGAUCCAGGAGAGACUCCACACCGCGGCACUUCCAGCCUGAGCCUGCCUGGGCAGAACAGAGGACCAGUCGUGAAGCAAGGGACACUUCCGUGCUCCAUGCGGCCCCCAAGCAGAGAGGAGCUGCCUGUCCAGCGGGGCCGGCCAGGGCACGCCGCUUCCAGCCACAGAGCAGAGACAGAAGCAGGCGGGGUGGAUGGCGGAGGACAUGGCCUCCCUGGGCGGGUGGAGGAAGGACGCGCAUCCCUUUGUGCCCACAAUCCUGCACUAAAGCAGAGCAGUGGCAUGUCA